CGCAGCCAGGAUAUCAAAGACUGCAUUGUACAUUGAGCGGGACUCGGUCCCUCGUGUGCCAGGGAGGAGGUGGGAGGAGGGACACCGCUGGGAGGCUGUCCCCUCCCAGUGCUCCUCUGGCUGGUGUUCCCAGGGGCCUUGGCCCGGGGAGGAUGGUGCACACAUGGGUGGCUGCUUCUGCAUCCCUUGGGAGCCGAGUCUGUCCUGGGGGCCAGGUAAAGAAACUUCUUCCAAGGAUCCAACCAUAUCCAGUGAGAUUAUAUCCUCAUCUGAAAACAAGGAAAAAUGUUUCCUGCCACAGAAUAUGACUCCAGAUCUGACGCUCUCCUUCAGUGUGAAGAGCCGCUCCAGGAGGUGUGUAAAUGGCCCCUUGCAAGAAGCAGCCAGGAGGCGGCUCUGGGCUCUGGAGAAUGAGGACCAGGAGGUGCGUGCAUUGUUUAAGGACCUCUCAGCCAGGUUGGUGUGUAUCCAGUCCCAGAAGGCCCAGUUCCUCAUUACCUUCAAGACCAUGGAGGAAAUCUGGAAGUUCUCCACCUACCUGAACUUAGGCUACGUAUCCAUGUGUCUGGAGCAUCUCCUCUUUGACCACAAGUACUGGCUUAACUGCCGACUGGUGGAGGAUACAGAGAUCCACGUGUCAGUAGAUGAUAAACACCUGGAAACAAUAUACCUGGGACUUGUGAUCCAGGAAGAGCUUUUCUCAUUCUCUGCAGGUCACUUCUUCUGCAGAGCCACGUGCUCCAUGGCUCAGCCAGCUGAGAAGGAAGGGGAGUAUUUGCCACUUUGCAAGAAUGAGUUAAUCUCGGUGAAGACAGCUGAAGGCGAGUUCGAGUGGGAAGGCAUGUCCUUGGUGACGGGUCAGCGGGGCUUGGUGCCGGUGUCAGCCUUGGAACCCCUGCCUCUCCCUUUCCACCAAUGGUUCCUAAAGAAUUAUCCAGGAAGCUGUGGCCUUUCCAGGAAGAGGGAUUGGACAGGCUCCUAUCAGAUCGGUAGAGGAAAAUGUAAGGCCUGGAAGGAAUACGAGAGGGAAGAAAAGGAUGAACUGAAUUUCCUCCAGGGAGAAAGCAUUGAGAUCAUCGGCUUUGUCAUUCCUGGGCUUCAGUGGUUCAUUGGGAAGUCAGCGCUCUCAGGAGAAGUGGGCUUUGUCCCCACCAGAAACAUAGAUCCUGAUUCUUAUUCCCCAAUGAGCAAGAACUCCACCUUUUUCAGUGAUGAGGAAAGAUGCUCUCUGGGGGUCCCGGGAAGUGACAGGAAAGCUGAGUGUGCCAGCUUCCUCCACACGCUUGCUCAGACUGACAUAACAUCUGUCUACCGGCUUAGUGGGUUUGAAUCCAUCCAGAGUCUUCCAAACGAUCUGAGCGCGUCCCAGCCCGAAGGCUUCAAGGAGACCCGGCCUGGUGGAGCCUGGGAGGAGCAUCAGGCCAUGGGCUCCAGACAGUCCAGCAGCUCCGAGGACUCCAGCCUGGAGGAGGAGCUCCUUUCAGCCGCCUCAGACACCUAUCACCUGCCAGAGCCUGAUGACCUCGAUGACCCGGAGCUGCUCAUGGACCUGAACACCGGUCAGGAGGAGGAGGAGGCUGAGAACUUCACCCCCAUAUUGGCUUUUCUGGAUCACGAGGGUUAUGCUGACCACUUUAAGAGCCUCUAUGAUUUUUCCUUCUCUUUCCUCACGACUUCCUUCUACAGCUACUCUGAGGAGGAUGAGCUCGUGGCCUACCUGGAGGCCUCGAGGAAGUGGGCCAAACGGAGCCACAUGACCUGGGCCCAUGCCCGGCUCUGCUUCCUCCUGGGCCGGCUAAGCGUUAGGAAGGUCAAACUCUCUCAGGCCAGGGUGUACUUUGAGGAGGCCAUCCACAUUCUCAAUGGGGCAUUUAAGGACCUAUCCUUGGUGGCUGCCCUGUACAUCAAUUUGGCGGCCAUCUACCUGAGGCAGAGGCUGAGGCAUAAAGGCUCGGGCCUGUUGGAAAAGGCAGGUGCCAUGUUGGUCUGCCUGCCUGACCGGGAGUAUAGUGCCAAGAGUGAGCUGGAUGUGGUGGCCUAUGUGCUGAGACAGGGCAUCGUGUCAGGCAGCUGCCCCCUGGAGGCCAGAGCCUGCUUCCUGGCCGUCCGAUUGCUCCUAAUCCUCGGCCGGCACGACGAGGUCCUGCCCUUCGCUGAGCGCCUGCAGCUCCUCUCUGGACACCCUCCCACGUUGGAUGCUGCAGCCACUAUCUUGAGUUUUCUCUAUGACAAGAAAUACCUGCCACACCUUGCGGUGGCUUCUGUCCGGCAACGUGGUACUCAGAGCACCCAAGGGAUGGCCCUUCCAAUUUGGCAGGUCCACCUGGUCCUCCAGAACACCACCAAGCUCCUUGGCAUCCCCUCCCCAAGCUGGGGUGAAGUUUCUGCCCUGGCGUGCCCAGCACUCAGGCAGGCACUGGCUGCCUGUGAGGAGCAGGUGGAUCAGAGCACCCAGAGGACGCUGUGUCUCAUCCUGUCCAAAGUGUACCUCCAACAUAGGUCUCCUGAUGGCGCCAUCCACUACCUGAGCCAAGCCUUGAUGCUAGGCCAGCUGCUGAGUGAGCAGGAAGCUUUUGAGUCUUCCCUCUGCUUGGCAUGGGCCUAUCUCUUAGCCAGCCAGGCAAAGAAGGCUUUGGACAUCCUUGAGCCACUCUUACACUCCCUGAAGGGGACAGAGAGUGUUACCCAAAAGGGAGUGGUCCAUAACCUCCUGGGACUCGCACUUCAAGGUGAAGGCCGGGUGAACAGGGCAGCCAACAGCUAUCUUCGGGCCUUGAACAGAGCUCAGGAGGCAAGGGAUAUGCGCAACCAGGCGGUGGCUUUGGCCAAUCUUGGCCAUCUGACCCUUAAAUCCUGGACUCAGCAGCCAGCCAGGGACUGUCUUCUGCAGGCUGUGCAACUCUAUUCUAAACUCCAGGCCAGCAUGGAGACAGACAUGGAAUUAGUACAGGUGCUUCUCUGGUUGGCCCAAGUUGAGGUGUAUCGACACCAGCUGGCCAGUGGCCGCUUUUGUUACGAAAUGGCAUUGCUGUUUGGAUUAAGGCAUCAACACCUGAAGAGUCAGCUUCAGGUCACCAAAUCCCUCUGCCAUUUCUACAGCUCUGUGUCCCCAAGCCCCGAGGCAUGUAUCACCUACCACGAACACUGGCUGGCCCUGGCUCAGCAACUGAGGGACCGGGAGAUGGAGGGGAGGCUGCUGGAGUCCCUUGGGCAGCUCUAUCGGAACCUAAAUACGGCCAGGUCCCUUAGGAGGUCCCUCACCUGCAUCAAGGAGAGCCUGCGUAUCUUCGUCGACCUGGGGGAGAGAGACAAGGCUGCUGAGGCCUGGCUUGGGGCUGGGCGACUCCACUACCUCAUGCAGGAAGACGAGCUGGUGGAGCUGUACCUACAGGCAGCCAUCCAGAAAGCCCUGAAGUCAGAGGAGCCCUCCCUGGCUCUCAGGCUCUACGAGGAAGCAGGUGAUGUGUUCUUCAAUGGGACCCGCCACAGGCAUCGUGCGGUGGAGUAUUAUCGAGCUGGGGCUGUUCCCUUAGCAAGGAGAAUGAAGGCAGUGAGAACCGAGCUCCGGAUUUUCAACAAGCUGACAGAGCUGCAGAUCAGCCUGGAAGGCUAUGAGAAGGCUUUGGAAUUUGCCACCUUGGCGGCCAGACUCAGCACAGUCGCAGGAGAUCAGAGGCAGGAGCUGGUGGCCUUCCACCGUCUGGCGACUGUGUACUAUUCCCUGCACAUGUACGAGAUGGCUGAGGACUGCUACCUGAAGACUCUGUCGCUCUGUCCACCCUGGUUGCAGAGCCCCAAGGAGGCCUUAUACUAUGCCAAGGUGUAUUAUCGCCUGGGCCAACUCACCUUCUACCAGCUGAAGGAUGCCCAUGAUGCCACUGAAUACUUCUGGCUGGCCCUGGCUGCAGCAGUCCUGCUGGGUGACGAGGAGCUGCAGGACAUCAUUAGGACCAGGCUGGACUACAUCCGCCAGAGCCCCCUCUGGCAUAGCAGCCUCUCUGGGCGCUCCUCAGAGAGGGCGCGGUGGCUGAGUGGCGGGGGCCUGGCCCUCUGAGAACAGCUGUCCCAUCUCCAACCAGUUGCCAUGGUCAGAAGCUACCUCUCUGCUCUAGGCUCUUAAUCUGGGGGUGGGGUUCAAGUCAUCACCUGGCCCAGCCUCUCAUCUCAGAAUGGGAAGAGCAUAGUCCAGAGGGAGAGGGCUCAUUCCAGGUCACACAAGGCAUGGACGGUGGAGCAGGGAUUAGGAGUCCUGGCUUUGUGUCUAGAACCUUUCCAGUAGACUGUGGCCCUUCCACACAUACAGACCCUGAAAUGCACUUUCUAGACACACAGUUCUAGAGAAAAUGAGACCCCUGCCCCUAGAAAAGCUGUCUCCUUCCCUCAGUGAAGAAAUGAGGCAUUGCACUGGAGAGAAGACCAGCCCAUUGGACUUUGUUCCCUUCAUUGACUUUUCUCAGGGAAAGACCCCUCCCCUUGCCAGCAGAGAAGCUAGUCAUUUGUUUUUUUUCUCUCUUCAACCAGAGGGGGUGCCACUCCUCCUGUCACGGGGACUGGCAGGCGGGAAUUCACCAAGCUAUUAGCUCAAAAGACACAGCCUCAGAAUGGCCAGGUGGAGUGCACAGGAGGUGAGGUCUGAUGUGGAGGCACCAUCUCCAUCCUGCCCCGAGGCUCUGCUCCCUCAUAACCUCCCAUAAACCCAGGAGAAGGCUCCCAAGGGUCAAAGCCUAAAAACUGAGCACUAAGGAAGUUAUGACAUAAAUUACAUGUAAAUAGUGUAUAUUAUUAAAUAUUGCUCAUUUACGUUUAUUCACACAUUUGUCUCCUUAAUAAGAGGGAAGAUGAAAACUAGUUAGUUUUGCAUAUUUUAUUAAUUAUAUAUGAGUCACUAGGUCCGGCCCACACAGAGAGCGAGGGAAUUACCAAGGGUGUGGAUGCCAGGAGGUGGGGAGAAGCUGCCUACCACAGUAUAUGAGUCCCUUGAUGACGGAAUCAGGAAUUUGCUAAGGCAGUGAGCUCCAAGUAUGGUCCACUGACUGGCUGGGCCAGCAACAUCAGCGUCACCUCUGAGAUUGUUUGAAAUGCAAAUUUCAGGCUCCACCUAAGACCUCUGAAGCACAGUCUCUGGGGCCAAGGAUCCCUGGCUUUACCCUGUUUUCCAGGUGAUUCUAAUGCACACUGAAGCACAAGAAGCACUCCUCUGGAACCAUGGUUCUCAGAGAAUGUGAAAAGGAAUCACCUGCGGAACUUUCAGAAAAUGAACUUUCUGGUUCUUACCCCAAUAAUUCUGAUUCAGUAGGCCUGGGAGACACCCCAGGAACAUGCAUUAUUAACGAGCAUCUUGAAUGACCCUGAUGCUGAUGGUUCACUCUUGCUCGGAAAUGUGGAAACAUGUAAGAUCUAGCUAUAGGGAUCGCCAUCUGACCCCCACCAGCUUAGAUUUACUGUAAAACCCUCUGCCCUUACUUUCUGGC